CACGGACCCUUCUCGCGAGCACUUCCGAGAUCGCAGGCCGCUUCGUUGAGAUCAAGGACUGGCUGAUAGCAGAGAACCAGUAGCAGUGGCAUCUUUGCUUUCCAAUCCAACCCAAUCCACCCCACGUCGGCUGUCCCACGCAUCCUCGGCAUUCCCUCCUCCUUCUCAGCCGGAUCCGGGAACCGCUCCACAUGGAACAGCGCCGAUGCUGGAGGUCGCCGAAGUAACUGCGCAAAAGCUUUAAUUCACUUUAAUACGGGUUGGGAAAUCUAGGUUGCGGAAUCCAUCCUCGGGAGUUCUGUCACACAAUACGGACUAAAUCCUGCCCACGGCUGGCAGGCUGGUUUAUAUUCGAGACCUUCCAGCUCCGACCCCGUCCCCUCGCCGUUCCGAUGAAUCCAAUCAGGUCUGCGCUGGUUGGUUGUGCCGCAAGACGUCCUUCGACCUUCCGAGUCUGCGCCUCAACCUCUCCUUCAUUUCGCAUGGCCUCUGUAACGGUCAACAGGUUGUCAGCAGAAACAAGGAGGAUGGGUGCCCCGAGUGCGACGGUCCAGAGCCGAAGCGCUUCUUCGGCUGCGAAGGCCAAGAUCAAGGUCAAGAACCCCGUCGUCGAGCUCGAUGGCGAUGAGAUGACCAGGAUCAUCUGGAAGGAUAUCAAGGACAAGUUCAUCCACCCAUACCUCGACAUCGACCUGAAGUAUUAUGACUUGGGUUUGGAAUACCGCGAUCAGACCAACGAUCAGGUCACCAUCGACGCCGCCGAAGCCAUCAAGAAAUACUCGGUCGGUGUCAAGUGCGCUACCAUCACCCCCGAUGAGGCUCGUGUCAAGGAAUUCAACUUAAAGAAGAUGUGGCUAUCGCCCAAUGGAACCAUCCGUAACAUCCUCGGCGGCACCGUCUUCCGUGAGCCCAUUGUGAUUCCACGCAUUCCCCGUCUGGUGCCUGGUUGGGAGCAGCCCAUCAUUAUUGGUCGUCAUGCCUUUGGUGACCAAUACCGCGCCAAAGACGAAGUCUUCCGUGAGGCAGGCACUCUCGAAAUGGUUUUCACGCCCAAGAAAGGCGAACCCCAGCGGAUCAAGGUCUUUGACUUCCCCGAGACCGGCGGUGUUGCCCAGACCCAAUACAACACCGAUGACAGCAUCCGAGGAUUUGCGCACGCCAGUUUCAAGUUCGCCCUGGACCGCGGGUACCCGCUGUACAUGAGCACCAAGAACACGAUCCUCAAGUCGUACGAUGGUCGCUUCAAGGACAUUUUCCAAGAGAUCUACGACAACGAAUACAAGAAGCAGUUUGAGGACAAGAAGAUCUGGUACGAGCACCGUCUGAUUGACGACAUGGUGGCGCAGAUGAUCAAGUCCAGCGGUGGCUUCGUCAUCGCCAUGAAGAACUACGACGGCGACGUGCAAUCCGACAUUGUCGCCCAGGGCUUCGGAUCUCUGGGUCUGAUGACCUCGCAGCUCAUCUCGCCCGAUGGAUUGACUUACGAGUCCGAAGCCGCUCACGGCACAGUGACCCGACAUUACCGCGAAUACCAGAAGGGUCGUGAGACCUCGACCAACCCGAUCGCCAGCAUCUUCGCCUGGACUCGUGGCCUGGUCAAGCGUGGUCAACUCGACAACACCCCCGAGCUGGUCACCUGGGCCGAAUCGUUGGAGAAGGCCGUCAUCGACACCGUCAAUGACGAUGGCGUCAUGACCAAGGAUCUGGCUUUGGCCUGUGGCCGCAAGGACCGCGAGGCCUGGGUCACCACCUCGCAGUUCAUGGAGGCCAUUGAGAAGCGCUUCAAGAAGAACCUCGAAGGCGAGGGUCUUGGGAAAGUCGGUGCCGUCAAGAACUGAGUCAACCAGUGCACAGAGCUGCCAUGGAGUGCAGUACAGUGUAGCGCACCCCUGCAGUCGUCUUGACCUGAGCAUUCCUUGAGCGUUGGCACAUGCGAGAUCGAUGACGGACGGACUUGUUGUUUUCUUCUGAAUCCACAUACAGACAAAUUCAUGCGUAUGAUUCAUACAGAGAGAGAGAGACAGUCGGCAUGGCAUGCGGUGGGGUUGGUCAUUGCGAUCUUUGGUGGCAUACCUACAUAGUAGAGACGAUUGGAUUGACUUGUGCGAAGCGUGCUGUUGGAUUUCGUCGAGCCAGGUUGGUGUCGGUCUAUAUAGAGAAAAAGAGCCUUUUUUGCGUGCUUACUACUAGUAGAAUUGUAGAAGUACUUGGUUGUUCACAUCCUGAGAUCACCAUCACUACCUGUGUGUUCCAGCUUAUGGAGAGAGUAGAAACUAGUCUUCGCGAGUUUACCGACACACGCGCCAGGCAAUAAUACUUAGGCUUUUGCACCAUUGGAUCUCACCCGGCAUUGGCACUGGCGGCCAAUUGAUAACAUAUUAUAUUGGCGGGCUGGUAUUGCUUGUGUUGAUAAUUACUUCUAGCCUCAGUAGAACUCUACCAUGUGAUUUCGCCAG